AUGGAAUCAUGCGGUGGCCCAGGAUGCGACUGUUUCUGUCUCAGUUCCGGGUGUUUGUUCUAUAGGAUUUAUGCAGUACCAACAGAUGAUAAUGUCUACGAACUCUUCAAGUGCAUACGUCGGAAAGAAGAAGUGAAACUCCGUCUCGAGAUCAGCAAAGGCUCUACACUUCGCACAUAUGUACUCGGACUCCACCCGAACAUUCCUAAUCAAAUCCAAAGCAUAGAUGUAACAUUAAGCGUACUCGCAACUCCACCAUUACCGGCCUUGGAACAAGUUUUCAUUGCCUCGACAAACCUAACAGCGAUAUGGGAUAAAAAGACAUAUCCACUACUUAGCUGUCCUACACGCGAACAUGCAAAGACAUUACAAUGUCAUUUAAGAGAUGAUUGCGAUUGCGUAGCUGCUGCCUCAAGUAAGGUGCAUAUGUAA